UUCAGCUGGGGAAUGAGAGAGCAUCUGUGUCUCUGUGUGUGUGUCCGGGCUGGGGGAGGGGGCCUGGAGUCAGAAUGAAGAGCGGGUCCAGGCAACGGUGCUGGGGCAGCUCACACGCAGCGUUCGGCGCCCUCGGAAGGAAUCAACCGUCGCGAUAACGGUGCGUAGCGCACACUCUUCUUCCCCCCCCCCCCUCCAAUCCAUCCAUCUAUCUAUCCACCCACCUACCUCCACGCCCGCGAAGACACGAACAACGGAUCCGCUUUUCUUUCGGAUGAAAAAAAAGCGGUGCCUUCAUUACUCUAAAAUCUGUGCGGUGCCGUCCCACAGGCGGUGCAUUGGCAGAGGGACUGCUGCGGGCGCGAGCGCUAGAGUUGGAAAGCCGGAGCAAGAGUGGAGGCGCGCGGACAGAGGGGAUAGAACGCGACGGGAUUCUAGAACGCGCCGGUCCCGCAUUCAGUCCCCGGCGCGCGGUCUGUUGCUGGGCGGAGAAGGAGGAGGAGGAGGCGGCGGUGGCUGCUGCUGCUGCAUCUUUAAAUGCCACACAGUAACCGUAGCAGUCGUGGUGGGGGGAGCUAGUUAUUAAAAAUCGCCCACAUGCGCUGGAAUAACAGGAUCUGGGAAAAGAAGAAGAAGAAGGUGUUGAAGUUUUUUCAGUCGGUGUGCAGCUCUGUGGCUGGGGGAAGAUGGCGGACUGGAGGUGAUCGGCGAGGCUCGGGCUCGAAUUUAGUCUCUUCUCCCGGUUCUCCUCCCGUGCGGCGAGCCUUCUGCGGCCGGACACAUGCAGGCCAAAAAGCGCUACCUCCUGCUCUCAGCCGGCGCCGGUCUCUUGUUGCUCAUCUACCUGGCGGGAGUGCGCUUCGGGCAGCUGUCUUCAGCCAGGAGGCAGAACCGGCGGUGGGCUGCGGACGAUGGCUCCCCGCCGGCUUCCGAUCGCUGGCCCGAGUGGUCCAAUUCAUUGCAGAGUUUCUCCGCCGGGGACCAGCUCGAGAAUGAGGAGUUCAGUCAGCGCGGCUCUCCCCGGCACAAGAGGGAGAUUAACACCAGUGUUUACAAGGGCAAGAAAUGCCGCAUGGACUCUUGCUUCGACUUUUCUCUGUGCCACAGGAAUGGUUUCAAAGUCUACGUCUACCCUCAGCAGAAAGGAGAGAAAAUGUCCGAAAGUUACCAAAACAUCCUGGCAGCCAUCGAGAACUCCAAGUUUUAUACCUCGGAUCCGAGACAGGCUUGUCUCUUCGUGCUAAGUUUGGACACUUUAGAUCGGGAUCAGCUUUCGCCUCAGUACGUACAUAACCUAAAAAGUAAAGUUCAGAGCCUUUACUUGUGGAACAAUGGCAGGAACCAUUUGAUUUUUAAUCUUUAUUCGGGGACCUGGCCCGAUUACACAGAGGACCUGGGCUUCGAUAUCGGCCAGGCGAUGUUAGCCAAAGCCAGCAUCAGUACUGAAAACUUUAGGAGCAAUUUUGACGUUUCCAUACCGCUCUUUUCGAAAGAGCACCCAAGGACCGGAGGAGAGAAGGGAUACAUGCUUUUCAAUAACAUCCCUCCCCUAAGAAAGUACUUGCUAGUAUUUAAAGGGAAAAGAUAUUUGACUGGCAUAGGCUCUGAUACCAGGAAUGCCUUAUAUCAUGUCCACAAUGCAGAGGAUAUUGUCCUCUUAACGACCUGUAAACAUGGAAAAGACUGGCAGAAACAUAAGGACGCCCGCUGUGACAAAGACAACGAUGAAUAUGAAAGAUAUGAUUAUCGUGAGAUGUUGCACAAUUCCACCUUCUGUUUGGUUCCACGAGGCCGUAGACUGGGAUCUUUCCGGUUUCUGGAGGCUUUACAGGCUGCAUGUAUUCCAGUGAUGCUAAGUAACGGAUGGGAGCUGCCAUUUUCAGAAGUCAUUGACUGGAACCAAGCUAUUGUCGUUGGAGAUGAAAGGUUGUUACUGCAGAUACCUUCAACAAUAAGGUCUAUUAAUCAGGACAAAAUCCUAGCACUUAGGCAACAGACACAGUUCUUAUGGGAGGCUUAUUUUUCUUCCGUUGAGAGGAUAGUAUUGACUACAUUAGAAAUAAUUCAAGACAGAAUCCUGCACCAUAUAUCUCGCAAUGGCUUAAUUUGGAAUAAACCUCCGGGAGGAUUAUUUAGUCAGCCACAGUAUUCUUCACAUCUAGGAGAUUUUCCUUUUUAUUAUUCUUAUCUAGGUAUAAAGUCUUCAUCCAAGUUUACUGCCGUUAUCCAUGUAGUGACUCCGCUGGUUUCGCAGUCACAGCCAAUAUUAAAACUCCUAAUAGCAGUAGCGAAGUCCCAAUAUUGUGCCCAGGUUAUUGUGUUAUGGGACUGUGACAAACCUUUGCCAGCCAAACACCGGUGGCCCUCCACUGCUGUACCUGUACUGGUAAUCGAAGGGGAAAAUAAAGUUAUGAGUAGCCGUUUUCUUCCAUAUGAUGCCAUCAAUACGCAUGCUGUACUUAGCCUUGAUGAAGACACUGUUCUUUCUACCACAGAGGUGGAUUUUGCCUUCAUCGUGUGGCAAAGCUUCCCUGAGAGAAUUGUAGGAUACCCAGCUCGCAGUCAUUUCUGGGACAGCACAAAGGAAAGAUGGGGGUACACAUCUAAAUGGACCAAUGAUUACUCCAUGGUCCUAACAGGCGCUGCUAUCUACCACAGGUACUACCACUACCUGUAUACAUAUUACCUGCCUUCCAGUAUAAAAAACAUGGUGGACCAACUGGCCAACUGUGAAGACAUCCUAAUGAACUUCUUGGUUUCAGCUGUUACCAAGCUGCCUCCUGUUAAAGUCACUCAGAAAAAGCAGUAUAAAGAAACAAUGAUGCAACAGUCCUCCAGAGCUUCCCGAUGGGCUGAUCCUGAUCACUUUGCUCAGCGGCAGACCUGCAUGAACACGUUUGCAAGUUGGUUUGGAUCCAUGCCAUUGAUCCACUCCCAGAUGAGACUUGACCCAGUUCUCUUCAAAGACCAGGUCUCCAUACUGAGAAAGAAGUAUCGGGACAUUGAGCGACUCUAACAAACACACAGUCAUUGAUUGUUGGACAGCAUUAUGAUUAAAGCCAGCCUACAGAAUGUCCAUCCUGAGCUCAGUAAAUAACACUCUGCAAGGUGACUCUUGGCUAUCACCCUUUGAUGCACCCGACAGACUUUCCUGACUCGAGAGGUUUCGGCUGUCGGCUUAUUGACUGACUGAGAUCUAUAUUACCAUUAGGAUUUAAUUUUUUUAUUGGUUUAUCAAUCCUGAGUGACAGGCCUGAUACUCUGACAGGCGAAACAUAAAUCAGAAGUCCAUAAAUUGAAAGUGUGAAGAUCAAUGAACAAAUAAUUUCAUCAGCACUGUGAAGAACAAAGUGAAACACUAUUCAGUUAAUCACAAUCGAGUGUCUUAAAUUUUGGCCUAAACUUAAUUUAAGGCUAAUUUAUACCACUUAAGCUGAGUUUGCAUUAGGAAAAGUGAACAAUGUUUGGAGUGGGUAGCCAUCAGGCUUGUAUAGGAACGGGCACUGGGGCUGUCAUGACUGAGCGUGUGGUUGCCAUGUUUACUGUUAGCAUGCAAAAGUUUUUUUAAAAAAAAACAACCAUACUCACUACAGGAUAACCCUUUACUGUGUAUGUAGGAACUCCAU